GCGUCAUAAGCAUGUUAUAUUGAAAUUGAAUCAUGUAUUCACAAACAAGUUCUCCUUUCCCUCUGAGAUUAUGUAACAGAGUUCCCCUGUUUGUUCAUGGAACAGCCCAGGGUCCAGUGGGGUGUUUGUUUAGGGCUAAUUUGCAUAAACUUGGCUUGUAGAGCAUCUCAUGGGAUGCAUGCAACAUCCUACAGUGCAGACCGAAUUACACAGGAAAGGAGUUAGCAACUCAAUUUAGAAUUGUGUGAAAGUUUGGAGGAUCUUUCAUUGUAAUCAUCUAUUAGAACCGGGAUAUUUAACAGUUGUAAACCACACUAUCAGUACGAUCGACGACACUAUUGCCACGACACUAUCCACUAUCGCGACUAUAUACUAUCGACAUCACUACCACUACACGUUUCUACAUUUGUUCUGGAUUUAUUGAGACUGUCGUCGAUGUUUAGACUUGAAUAAAGGCACGAGCUAGUUUAUACUGCAGAGACUGCGUCUUGUGUGAAUGAUUCAGUUUAGUGCGUUUACUACGUUAAUCAUUACCCUGUAGAAGGUUUCUCGGAAACGAAGCUACAUCAGUUUACAACUUUUUAUCAUCGUGAAUGAGUUCGCGACAAUAAUGGAUGACGCAUUGAAGGACAAGCCAUCGGAGAAAGCGCGUGAAUCUCCUUCUUAUAGUCAAUCAGAGGGACAGAUACGUGAAGCUUCGAUGGAGAUAAGCCGCCAGAAGGAGGAGCGUGAUGAAGUCACGGCUCUGAAACGGUCUUGCCAGGGUUAUGUUGGAAAUCUGGCAAAGCAAUACAAGGAACUUGAAGUUAUGAUGUCAAGUUACGACAAUCUUAACGCAGCCAGGCGGAAGUAUGGACAGCUAAAGGGUACAUUUUUGCUGUAUCAACAUAAAUACAGCGAAUACUACAAAAGGUUGUCUAAGGACGAUAAGGCUACAUCGAAGGAACAAUUUGAGUCGCAUGAGAGCAACAAGGCUGAGUUCGACGGGCGAAUGAUGGAGUGGGAUGCUGAGGCUACGAAGAGGCAGUCCCCGACGACUGAACUAGACGAGGCGGGGGCAGAUAAGGUUUCCGUAAGGUCAUCGGCGUCGAGGAGAAGUAGGUCUUCGAAGCGCAGCAGCACAAGUUCAUCAUCCUCUGCAAGACUGAGGGACGCCAAGGUCAGAGCUGAGCUAGCGAGACUCAAGAAAGAACAGUUAGUAAGAGCUCAAGAGCUCAAACGAGAACAGUUAAAACUGGAUGAACAAUUAUCUACAAUGAAGAUAGACAAUGAGAUAACGAACGCUGAAGCAGAAGCUAGAUUGAUUGAAGAAGAAAUCUUUGAUGAGGGUAAUAGUGUAAAGGAUCCUCAGGUAAAGAAUGAAGUGUUAGAUGUACAUGUAAGUGAAUAUAACAAGCCUGUCCACAAAUUUGGAUUGAAUCCUAAUGCACCAGUGUGGGAAGAAUGUAAGUUAAAUGCCACUAAUGAUGUUUCAUGUAAAAGUAAUGUUCAGGAUUUGAAUAUGUCUCAAAUGUUUCAUGCUAUUAACCUUGCUGUUCAUUUACCCAAACCCGAUCUCUCCACAUUUGGUGGUAAUCCCAUAGAAUACAGGAGCUUCAUCAACAGCUUUGAGGUCAACAUCGCAGACAAGGUCACCGAUGACAGGGCAAGGUUGACCUACCUGGUCCAAUACUGCUCAGGCAAGGCUCGAAGUAGCAUCGAGAACUGUGUAAUGAUGGCUCCAAGUGAAGGAUACGCGGAGGCUAGACGAAUACUGAGGGAGCAGUUCGGACAGCCUUACGUCGUCGCCACCGCACACAUGAAGAAGGUGCUAAACCGGGCUCCCCUGCGACCAAACGAUGGCACUGCUAUGUGGGACCUAUGCAGAGACAUGCAGAGAUGUCAAAUGGUGCUGGGACAGAUGGGGUAUACUGCGGACAUGAACAGUUCCGACAAUCUACUCCAUAUCCAACAGCUGUUGCCGGUACAUCUUCAAUCCCAGUGGGCGAUCAAGGCACACCAGAUGAUGGAGGGCAGCACAGUUCCUUCCUUUGAACACAUGGCCAAGUUCAUUGAGAAUUCAGCCAAGCUUGCUAACAACAUGUUUGGGCAGAACAUUGGGAGAUCUUCCAGCGUGAAGGUAGAUAAAUCUGGUGGAAGGCCGAAACCCGAUACGAGGAGAACGACUCUCACUACUCAAGGUAAAGGAGAGUACAAGACGCUUCGCCAAGACCGUCAACCGGCUAAGGGUUGCCCAUGUUGCACAAGGCAACAUGACCUGAAAGAGUGCGGGAUCUUUAAGGAGAAGUCCUUUGAGGAAAGAAGGAAGACCGUCAGGAAAGUUGGGUUGUGUGACAACUGCUUCCUGCCCCACCACAUGGCCAUGGGAUGCAUGGACAGAUCCAAUUGUGAGGAGAAGGGAUGUACCAGGAAGCAUCACACCCUGUUACAUCCUCCUAGUUGGGAAAAGGCGACCCAGCCACAAUAUCGCUCAAAGGAAGACAAUCCUAGGGGCCCUAGAGACUCCAGUGGGGCCGGUAACAGCGUCAACACCAAUCAUGCUAUUGCUGAAGACAACGAGAACGUUCAAGGCCAGUGCAACAGCACAUUCUCAACACGUCGCAAAGUGUGCCUUAGAGUGGUGCCAGUGAAGGUAGCAGGGAAUAACAAAGAGCUAGAAACUUGGGCACUGCUAGACGAGGGCAGCGACGUAUCCCUUUGUGAUGAGCGGCUUGUUGAGGAGCUAGGGGUCCAAGGAGCCCACAAGGAAUUCCAACUCACCACCAUUAACAAGGCUGGUUUGAGAAGGAAGGGUCUUGAAGUUAGCCUGACGGUGAAGAACGUCUCUGAUGGAGAGAGCAUCGAUCUACCAAAGGUAUGGACAGUUGACAAACUGCCUAUAUCCAAAUCAUGCAUUCCAACCGACGAGGACUUAAACAGAUGGCCACAUCUGAGGGGAGUUCAUCUACCUAGAAUUGAUGAAGGAGAGGUACGUCUCCUUAUCGGAAGUGAUACUCCAGAGGCCUUCUGGGUGAUAGAUCAGCGACGGGGAAAGAGGAAGGAACCCUAUGCGGUACGUUCCUUACUCGGAUGGACAGUCAUGGGACCAACCAUGACCUCUGCACCCGAUGCUCCAUACAGCGUGAAUUUCACCAAGCAUGAAGAAAGGUUAGAACAGCAGCUGCAGAGGUUCUGGGAGGUCGACCAUGCCUUCAGAGACGAACGGCUCGCUGAUUCGGUAGAAGACAAGAGGGCCCGCAAGACAAUGGAUGAGACAGUAGGAAUGGUAGAUGGACACUACCAAGUAGGACUGCCAUGGAGGAAAUACCCCCCAUCUCUUCCAAAUAACAAGAAAAUGGCAGAGUCAAGACUCCAGUCACUAAAGAAGAGGCUUGGGAACGACAAGAUACUACAUACCCAGUACAUGACAACAAUGGAAGGAUAUAUUACCAAGGGCUUCGCACAAGAAGUUAAUGGACAAGGCGAUGAAGUUGUCUGGUAUCUUCCCCACCAUCCCGUUAGACACCCAAUGAAGCCAAAUAAGGUCAGGAUCGUGUUUGACUGUGCGGCGAAGUUCUGCAAUGGGUCACUCAAUGACCAACUCCUGAGUGGACCAGACUUCACGAACAGUCUGGUUGGAGUCCUCCUACGAUUCAGGCAAGAGAGGAUAGCCCUUGUAGCAGAUAUCGAAGGGAUGUUCCAUCAAGUCCGGGUAACACCAAGGGAUGCUGGAGCCUUGAGAUUCCUAUGGUGGGACAACGGAGACCUGGAUAAGACUCCCAAGGAAUACCAGAUGUUAGUUCAUCUUUUCGGAGCCACAUCAUCUCCAAGUUGUGCUGGAUUCGCACUACGCAAGACGGUAGAAGACAACCAGCAGGACUUUGAUCCUGAAGUUUCCCAGACAGUCCUGGAGAAUUUCUACGUCGACGACUGUUUGAAGUCCAUCUCCUCAAGAGAGGAAGGAAAGAGACUGGUGUCCCAGCUGUGCGAGAUCCUGAAGAGAGGUGGAUUCAGGCUUACAAAGUGGGUCAGCAACGACAGAGAGGUUCUCUCUGCAGUGCCUUCAACAGAACGGGCAGCGUCAGUUGUAGACUUGGAUUUUGACCACCUACCAAUCGAGAGAACUCUUGGAGUUCUGUGGGACAUGAACUCAGACUCAUUUGGGUUCAAGGUAUCACCUAAGGAUGUACCAACUACCAGAAGAGGCCUCCUGUCCGCAACAAGCUCAUUAUACGACCCAUUGGGAUUUGUGGCUCCCUUCAGCUUAAACGCAAAGAUUCUGUUGCAGGAUCUCUGUGCCCAAGGACUAGGCUGGGAUGAGACAGUGGGGAAAGAUGAGCUACAGCGGUGGACGUCCUGGCUAUCAGAACUACCAGAGUUGUCAUCAGUAAAGAUAGACAGGUGCUUCAAACCAACAGGGUUUGUUGAUCCCAGCUACGACCUCCAUAUCUUCUGUGAUGCUUCAGAGAGAGCAUAUGCUGCAUGCGCAUACCUGAGGGUCACAGACACAGACGAUCGCAUACAUUGCGCAUUCGUGAUGGGCAAGACAAGACUAUGUCCUCUCAAGAAGAUGUCUGUUCCAAGACUGGAAUUAUCAGCGGCUGCGCUGGGAGUUAAGCUUGGUCAGACGAUCAAGGAGGAACUCAGGUUGCCCUUAAGGAACACCACGUACUGGACAGAUUCGACAUCAGUUCUACAGUACAUCUCCAACGAGAGUAGGCGAUUUCAGACGUUUGUAGCUAACCGGGUAGCCAAGAUCCAAUCCAUGAGUGAGAGGUCUCAGUGGAGACAUGUGAGUACUCACGCUAACCCUGCAGAUGACGGAUCGAGGGGCAUGCCUGCAGGAAAACUAGCAAGGUGGCUCCAAGGACCAAGCUUCCUGGUUAAGGAAGAAUGCGAGUGGCCAGUCUCCCCUCCAAGUCUAGUGAAGACCGAUACAGCAACACUGGAUCUUCUCGAUCCUGAAGUCAAGAAGAAGCAAGUGUUUGCAACAAUGUCCGAGGACAUCUUGGAAAGACUCAUGGCCAAGUAUUCAACAUGGCAACGACUGAAGAGAGGUGUCGCAUGGAUACUUCGAUACAAGACUUACCUCAAGCUUCGAGUCAGCAGAGGUAUAGCCUCAUUGAAGAAAGGAGACCUGACGCUCGAGGAGUUGAAUGCAGCCGAGCGAGAAGUCAUUAAGCACGUCCAGAGGCAAGCUUUCCCAAUUGCAACGAAUGACAAGGGAAAUAACGGCAGACUUCAACAAGCAAGCACCCUCUCUAAGUUAACCCCAGUAAUGAAGGAUGGGUUGUUGAGAGUAGGAGGGAGACUGACCAAGGCCCCUAUCAGUGACGAGAUGAAGCACCCUCUCAUCUUGCCACACGAUCACCACGUGACCAAGUUGUUGGUAAUGUACUACCACCAAGAGGUCGGCCAUUCAGGAGCAGGUAUGACAUGGACUGCACUGAGGGACAGGUACUGGAUCCUCAAGGGCGGGGCCACUGUCAGACGAGUCAUAGGUAACUGCUUCCAAUGCAAGAAGAGGAAUUCAGCAAGAGGCCGGCAGUUUAUGGCGGACUUGCCAGUAGAGCGAGUGACGCCAGACCACCCACCGUUCACCAACACUGGUGUAGACUUCUUUGGACCAUUCUAUGUCAAACAGGGCAGGAGUGAGGUGAAAAGAUAUGGGUGUGUAUUUACAUGUUUAGCUACCAGAGCAGUACACAUCGAAGUUGCCAACUCACUGGAAACAGACUCCUUCAUAAAUGCGCUAAGAAGGUUCAUCAACAGGAGGGGCAGUCCAGAAAAGAUCUUGAGCGACAAUGGAACAAACUUCAAAGGAGCCUACAGAGAACUCAAGGAAGGCUUAGACAAACUGAACUCAAAGAAGGUUGACCUCUUUCUUAUGCAGAAGGGGAUAGCAUGGGAGUUCAACCCACCAGGCGCUAGUCACAUGGGAGGAGCCUGGGAGAGAAUGAUAAGAUCUAUCAGAAGAAUCCUCGGAAGUCUCCUCAAACAGCAGCUGGUCAACGAUGAAACACUCACGACAUUGAUGACAGAGGUAGAAGCAAUAUUAAAUGCAAGACCUUUGACACAACUGAGCCUUGAUCCUCGAGACGAGGAACCUUUGACGCCGAACCACUUACUCUUGCUGAGGAAGAAUCCCUCUCUGCCACCUGGAACCUUUACGAAGGAAGACAGCUAUUUACAGAGAAGAUGGCGUCAAGUCCAAUUCUUGGCUAACCAAUUCUGGAAGAGGUGGAUAAAAGAAUAUCUCCCCCUCUUGCAACAGAGACAAAAAUGGACUAGAGUUGAGAGGAAUUUCCAGACAGACGACCUGGUCCUUGUAGCCGAUGAUAGCUCGCCUCGCGGUAAAUGGCCACUAGGAAAGGUCACAGCGACAUAUCCUGACAGACACGGACGUGUCAGACAGGUAGAAGUGAGAGUCGGGUCAAAAUACUACAAAAGACCAAUAUCUAAACUCUGUCUCCUAGAAGCAGGAAAGGACACUGCUCAAUAGUUUGUCCAAUCCAAUAUUUGAAGUACAAUAUAUAUGCCUGAUAUUGAGAGUUAUCUAGACAUCAAGUGUUUAUUAGAAGUAUAUAAAUCCUUAUGAUUUGUAGGAUUUUAGAGAACGUUUCAUAUUGCUGAUUUGUUGAUUGAUUGAACGAUACAAAUUGUACUUCUUUAUGUUAUUCAUGAAAGUCAUUCAUAUUUGAAUUUACGUGCUAAGGUAAUUUAGCAUGCAUUCCAUCCAUAAUGUUGAUGAUUUAUUUGGUUAUGUUUGAUUAUGUGCAUUGAAGUUUACCAUACUUAUAGACUGAUUUAUGCCGCUAUCAUUCAUGUGUAAUGUAUAGAGAAAUGAGUAACUGGUAGUUAGCUCAUUUUGGGGCCGGUGAUGUAGCGUCAUAAGCAUGUUAUAUUGAAAUUGAAUCAUGUAUUCACAAACAAGUUCUCCUUUCCCUCUGAGAUUAUGUAACAGAGUUCCCCUGUUUGUUCAUGGAACAGCCCAGGGUCCAGUGGGGUGUUUGUUUAGGGCUAAUUUGCAUAAACUUGGCUUGUAGAGCAUCUCAUGGGAUGCAUGCAACAUCCUACAGUGCAGACCGAAUUACACAGGAAAGGAGUUAGCAACUCAAUUUAGAAUUGUGUGAAAGUUUGGAGGAUCUUUCAUUGUAAUCAUCUAUUAGAACCGGGAUAUUUAACAGUUGGUAAGUCAAUAUAUUGCUUGUUCAUAUAUUCUUGUAUACUGAAUCUAGGUUACAUACAUUGUGAGAAACAGGAGACAAACCUAUAAGAAGAAAGUAACUUGUGUACCAAUCCUUUGUUCUUGGUUCAUUAUGUUGUAUAUAAUACAAUGCUAGUAUACUGUAGCAUGUAUUCGUUAGCUGAUAUAUUACCAGAAUAUAUGUUGCUCUAUAAGUCAUUCUUACUCAAGUUAUAAUGAGUUUGUACAUAUGAUUGAAACAGUAAUAAUUGUAGUUUCAUACCCAGUAGUUGAUUGCUAUAUUAAUAGGAGGAAAGUUGUAUAUAGAAGAGUUAAAGUUAGUUUGGAGUUUAGAAAGUUUCUGUUCACCAAGGCAUAUAGCCUCUAGUGUACGCACACACACACAGCUGUGUGCAGAGCAUGUAUGAUUGAUAUACAUGUAGUUUAGUAGGGUGUGUGUGAGGGGUAAAUGCAAGACCCAGAGAGUGCAGCCAAAUUAGGGCACUGUGCACUCAAGCGCACUGCACUGAUUAGUGCUUUGUUUCUUUGUCUUACAGUUAGGCAAAACUUUAGACUGUAUAUAUGUAUUGCAUGUUUAAUUGGCAGUGAUAGCUUGAACUAAGGGAUAUUAAGAGGGAUUUAAUGAUCAUUGGAACUUGUUGCAUUUCUACA